AUGGCAGACAUCCUCACCCAGCUCCAAACAUGUCUUGACCAGCUCGCAACCCAAUUCUACGCCACACUUGGCUAUCUCAGUACCUACCAUGACAACUCCCCGGCCACCCCUCCACCAGGCAUCCCCAAUGCCGCCCCUGCCCUAGCCAAAAUGUCCAAAAACAACACCUCACCACCCGUCCCCGCCUCCAUCGCCGCAUCAGCAGGAGCAGGCGCAGCAGCCGCCGGCGCCGCACAAUCCCCAGUCCCCCCACCAACGCAGCAACCCGGUGCAGAACCGGGCGCAGUCGAAGGCGAAGAUCCCAAUCUCCUUCCACAACCGGACUCACCGCGCACAUUCGCAGCCCGGCAGCGGGAGUUGGCCCGCGAUCUUAUUAUCAAAGAGCAGCAGAUUGAGUAUUUGAUCUCUGUGCUGCCGGGCAUUGGGGCUUCGGAGGCGGAGCAGGAAGCUAGGAUUCGAGAAUUGGAGACACAGUUGCGGGAGGUGGAGAAGGAGCGUGUUGCGAAGGCGGAGGAGCUGAAGCAGUUGAGGGGGAGAUUGGAGAAUGUGCUUGAUGCUGUUUCGGUGGGACUUUAUGGUGAUCGGUAG